UGUUUUGUGUCCAAAUUUUAAACCGGAAUUUUCACAAACAUCACUCGAAAAUUUCUCGAAAACGAGGAAAUUAAGGUACAAGCUCAAGAACGCUCAAUCAAGAGAAAAACGUUCGUCUUUCUGUUCUUUGAGAAAUAAUUCUUUGAUGAAUGUAAAGAGCUAUUGAAAAAGUUUUGAACUUGCCCUGUCAAUUCACUAGAAAGAAGAUUUAGAUGUUUAUUUUUUAUCAAAAAAACAACCAGUUUCCCAGGCACACAAGAAGUUGAAGAAUCUUUUCUCAUUAAGAAUUCUACCAAGUUCACAAGACAUCAAAGGCUGUCCAUUCAGUUCGCGUGAUUUUCUCUCUCCUCCAUGGCACAUCUUCUUGGCUACGAAAGCUGCUUAGAUAGCCUGAGUCAAGAUGUUUCUGAUAUUCAGUCUGUGGUCAUGGAUAUUACAUCACGUGCUGGGCCAGUAAGGUCUCCAUCAUGGAAAUAUCCAGAUAAAAUAUCAAGUGAAUUAGACAUUGAUGAAUUACUUGAAAUGUACUGUCACUCAGAUGAUGAGGAUCACAGUAAAUUGUCACACAUUGUAUUAUUUGAACUGGUUAUUGAUAGACUGGUUCUGCUUCUACAAGGUGCGUCUCAAUUUGUGGAUCAGCUUCUMAGAUCGUCUGGYAAUGAAAAUCGACCAGGAAGUAGCAGGGUGAUGGGCUCGGCUAUCUCYGUUGGAUUGGUUGCUAAGAAGUUCUGGAGUAAAAUUGUCAAGAUUCAACAAACAACACAACAGAUCCAUUUUGAGACCAAGACAAAAGCAGAAACCCUAAGUAAAAUGGAGGAAACUAUCACAGAGUUAAGAGAUGAAGUAAAAAUGCUGAAAAAGGCUUUAGACAAGAAAGGAGAAGGAAGAAUUGUUAGUGGCAAGAUAAAAGGCAAAGGCAAAUCCUCAGCAACAAGCUCUGCAAGGUUUAUUCUUUCRCCAACUGAAAGCUUAUCUCUUAGAAGUCCCUCACCUGCGAAUGAUGUAACACUCUCUGUUGAAGAUGUGGCAUUGGCUAAAACUCUACAAGAAACCUCCACACAGACCUAUGACACAGCUUUCAUUCCAUGUGAAGCUUGUUCAAGGACUCAAAAACAUCUUAUUGAUGUUGGAAAUAUGGUGAUGAGUCUUUGUGAGUCUCAAGGUCUACCAUCUUCKCUAGCAAAACAGAAGAAACUAUUAAGAAAGUCCCUCAUGGCKGCCGCUGACAUAUCACGAUGGACUUCWGAACAAAACCAAGAUCUUGCAAGAAUAAAYAACCAUCUUGAUAACUUAUAUGCACAAAUAAAUCCACUUGARUCGAAGUUGAAAAAYUCWCAAGACAAUUGUAAACACCUUGAACAGCAAGUCCAGGGACUUGAAGAUGAAUUGGUUGUGGAGAAAAAUGAAGGAUUAAAGAGAGAAGAAGCUGUGAAAAUGGAGUUUCAGAAAGUAGUUGAKGAAAAAGAGUUUCUUUUGGCUGGUGCUAAUGAUGUGAACAAGCAACUGAAACAAGGGAACGAAGUUUUGCAGGAGAAAACAGAGGAACUAAGUGAAACUUUAACAAAGCAGAGAGAAAAGCUYUCAGAACUUGAAAAGCAAAACUUUCAAUUAAAGACGAACUUGGAAACUGAAAGUAACGAAGUUAAAAGGUUGAGAAAAGUUGAUGAAGAUAUUCUCAACUUGAAAGUAGAGCUCAACGAGGUGCAAAUUAAGUUGCGAGAAACUUCAUUAGAACUUGAUAAAACUCAAGCCAAAAAUCGUUCUCUGGUUAAACAUGAACAGGCACUUCAAAGCAAACACGAUGCACUUUUACAAAGAGUUGACGACUUGGAUAAUGAAUGCGAAGACUUAAGAGACCGUUUAAUGGAGGCAGAAGGCGAAAGGGAUGAUCUUCAAGACGCUUUGGACAAUAAAGAGCAGCUGCAUACAGAACUCAAMAGUAAACUUGAAGAAAACAAGAAAAUUAUCGACGAUAUUCAAGAGGAGAAGAAAUCCUUACUCGAAAAUUUGAAAGAACUUCAAGAGAACUGUCAAAAGCUUCAAGAUCAAAUUCGUGAAAACGAAGAAAAAAUGAAGAUUUUGGCUGAUUAUCCAGCAAUGGACACAGAAAACAAUUCAAAAAAUAGCGUAAAAGAUGGCCGGGACGUUACAGAAAUGGAUGUAGUCAAAGACAUGGAACGUCAAGUUAUGGCAAAUAAUAUAAGAAUUUUAAUGUUGGAAGAGCAAAAUGAAAAAUUAAGAAAGUCUAUAACUUUGUUGAUAUCUGCAGCAGAAAAUGACCAAAGGAGAACACCUCAAAAUCCUGUUAGUUUGUGGAAGUCUCAAAGCACAGACAAAGAACGACGCCCAUCUUCAAGAGCGUCUGGUACAGGRUGUUACAUUGAUGACAAAARCACAACUGCUUCGUUYACAAUCCAACCACGACCUCCUUCAAAACCACGAAAAGACUCCGCAAAAUCACGUCAAAAAAGCCCUAAUGUCAAACUAAUAGAGAAGCGAAAUUCAGUUUCAUUGAGYUCAAAAUUAGCGUCAAGCAGMAAGCAAAGUAGACAUUCUGACAGACAAACCGAGUGGGACCUCGGUCCCCCCAUCGGUGCUGCAACAAAAGCGGGCCGUGCUACAAGUCCUAGUGGGUACUCUGCGAUGGAGGUGUUUAUGUGUAAUAGCUGUGAUAAAAUGUAYCAUAGCCAAAAAGACUUGGAUAUUCAUAAAUCGUUUUGUUAUGGGAAUAUCACCGGUUUGUCUUAGGAUAUUUUGUAUUUUACACAGUUCUAACAAUUGAAUAAAAGACUAAUCAAAUUUA